GGGCGUCUGCGGCGAGGGGGGCUGAGGAGACGCGCCUUUGUGCGUGGAGUGGGAGGGAUGGAGCAGCAGAACUCGGCUCCAGCGGCUGUAACUCAAGUGGUCGUGCUGCCCACCUCUGCGUAGGGCUGUGUAAACUUGGAGGAACUCGGGUAUUUUCAGUGCAGACCUUCACUCGCAUCGCCGUGCAGCCAAGAUGCCCGAGCAGAGCAACGAUUACAGGGUGGUGGUGUUCGGAGCAGCCGGGGUUGGCAAAAGCUCCUUGGUCCUGCGUUUUGUAAGGGGGACUUUCCGGGAAACCUAUAUCCCCACCAUCGAGGACACGUACCGGCAGGUGAUCAACUGUGACAAGAGCAUCUGCACGCUUCAGAUCACGGACACCACGGGCAGCCACCAGUUCCCUGCUAUGCAGCGCCUCUCUAUAUCCAAGGGGCAUGCCUUCAUCUUGGUGUACUCCGUCACCAACAGGCAAUCCAUGGAAGAUCUUCAUCCCAUCUUCGACCAGAUAUGUCAGAUUAAAGGGGACAUCCAAAAAAUCCCCAUAAUGUUGGUGGGGAACAAAAGUGAUGACACGCAGAGGGAGCUGGAUGCCAGCGAGGGGCAAGCUCUGGCCAGCAAGUGGAAGUGUGCUUUCAUGGAGACAUCGGCCAAAAUGAACUACAACGUGCAGGAGCUGUUCCAGGAGCUCCUGAAUCUGGAGCAGAGGAGAACUAUCAGUCUCCAGGUGGACGGAAAGAAAUCCAAGCAGCAGAAAAAGAAAGAUAAACUGCAAGGCAAGUGCUCUGUUAUGUGAUUGCCUUUGGCUCUACUCGUGCACAGUGUAGUCGGAGCGUGGAUUCCCAUGGAAAACACAUUUCUGCCGGAUGAUUUGGAGGAAUCCAUGCCUUACAGAGCUGUUGCUUUUCUCUAAAACCCCCACUGGAUUAUUUUACAUGUUGGUUUUAAAGAGGAUGCCUUCUGCAUGUUUAUUUUUUUAAACCAAUAAAUGUUCCAUGUUAACAAUUA